CGCGCCGGAAGUCGCCUCCGCUUCCGCAAGGGCGCCCGGAAGUGCUCAGUGCGCAGGCACACGGAGCCGUGGAGUAUGGCUACUUCCUCGGUGUCCAAGGGCUGUUUUGUGUUUAAACCAGACUUCAAGAAAAGAAAGAUCUCUGUGCCAAUCGAGGAUUAUUUUAAUAAUGAGAAAUAUGUGUCUGAGGACAGUAAACUUCGAUUUGAAACGUAUCACUUGCUAUGGCAACGGAUAAACUCUGAAACACAGCAAUUACAGGAGGAAUUAAAUAAAAACCUGUUUGAUAAUCUAAUUGACUUUCUGCAAAAGUCCCAUUCUGAUUUCCAGAAAAAUUCAAGAAACUGGGGUUGUCAAAUGAAACUGAGAGAAAUUCCCACUGCUGCUCUUAUUCUUGGUGUGAAUGUCACAGAUCAUGAUUUAAUAUUCAGAAGUCUAACAGAGACCCUUCAGAAUAAUGUCACACCAUAUAUAGUCUCAUUACAAGCUAAGGAUUGUCCAGAUGUGAAACACUUUUUGCAAAAGUUGACCUCACAGUUGAUGGACUGCUGUGUAGAUGAAAAUUCCAAAGAGGUGAAAAGUGUUAACACCCCCAAAAAGACAAAUUAUUCAAUGGAUUCACUUUCUAGUUGGUACAAGACUGUCACACAGAACACAGACCCAAAAAUGACAAGCAAAAAGAGGACUACUUGUCGACAAUGGCAGUCUCCUCCUGUUGUGCUUAUCUUAAAGAAUAUGGAGAGCUUCAAUACGAAAGUACUCCAAGACUUCAUAAUUAUUAGCAGUCAGCAUCUGCAUGAGUUUCCACUGAUUCUCAUUUUUGGAAUCGCCACAUCUCCUGUCAUUAUCCAUCGACUGCUUCCUCAUGCCGUGUCAUCUCUGCUGUGUAUAGAGCUCUUCCAGUCUUUGUCUUGCAAGGAGCACCUGACAGUGAUCCUUGAUAAGCUGCUGCUUACAGCUCAGUUUCCUUUUAAAAUCAGUAAAAAGGCAUUACAAGUUCUGACCAACAUCUUUUUAUAUCAUGAUUUCUCAAUUCAAAACUUCAUAAAAGGACUUAAGCUUUCUCUACUAGAACAUUUUUAUUUGCAACCCCUAAGUGUUCUGUGCUGCGAUCUCCCGGAAGCCAAGAGAAGAAUAAAAUUUUUCUCAGUUAAUCAAUGUGAAAAUGUCCGGCGCCUUCCAUCAAUUCGGAGGUACGUGGAGAAACAAGCUUCAGAAAAGCAAGUUGCACUAUUGACCAGUGAGACAGUUUUAAAGGAGGAAACUCAAUUAUUACUAGAAAACCUGCAUGUUUACCAUAUGAACUACUUCCUUGUUUUGAGAUGUCUUCAUAAUUUUACCUCUUCUCUUCCCAAGUACCCACUGGGUCGACAGAUCAGGGAGCUGUAUUGCACAUGUUUAGAAAAGAAUGUAUGGGAUUCAGAGGAGUAUGUAUCAGCCUUGCAGCUGCUGAGAAUGCUGGCCAAGGAUGAACUGAUGAGCAUACUUCAGAACUGUUUUGAGGUAUUGAAUUCCUCUACUGAAAACCAUCUUGGCAGCACAACACAGAAAGUAAAGGAUUUCCUGACCCAGUUUCAGAACCUUGAUGCAGAUAGCAAAGAGGAAGAGGAUGCUUGUGGAUCACAGCCCAAGGGGCUGCAGAAAACCGACCUCUAUCACCUUCAGAAGUCGUUACUGGAAAUGAAGGAGUUAAGGAGAUCAAAUAAGAAGCAGACCAAGUUUGAAAUGCUCAGAGAAAAUGUUGUGAACUUCAUCGACAACCUGGUAAGAAGUUACCUUCUGCCUCCUGAGAGCCAGCCCUUGCAUGAGGUAGUGUACUUCACUGCUGCCCACACACUCCGUGAGCACUUAAAUGCUGCUCCACGAAUGGCCCUACACACUGCACUCAACAAUCCUUAUUAUUAUUUAAAGAAUGAAGCACUGAAAAGUGAGGAAGGCUGCAUUCCAAAUAUUGCCCCUGACAUCUGUAUAGCAUAUAAACUGCACCUGGAGUGUAGCCGGCUAAUUAACCUUGUCGACUGGUCAGAGGCUUUUGCAACAGUUGUGACAGCUGCUGAAAAAAUGGAUGCAAAUCCUACAACUUCAGAAGAAAUGAAUGAAGUUAUCCAUGCUCGUUUUAUUAGAGCUGUUUCUGAACUAGAGCUCUUAGGCUUUAUAAAACCCACAAAACAGAAGACUGACCAUGUGGCAAGGCUGACAUGGGGAGGAUGCUAAAGAGCAAAGACGUGAAGACAGGGCUUCCACGUCUAAGAUGAAAAAGAAGCCUGCUGAGUUGAGUUUAACCAAAAGUGCACUGCUAACCUGAAAUCGUGUAUCAAAACAUCUUUGAACACUUCAGAUCUAAUCAAUGUAACUAUACUUUCUACAGUUAUUACUAAAUUCUAAACGAAGCAUUACUGACUGUCCAGUGUAUAAAUGAUAUAAUUGCUCAUCCAGAGUAGUUCAUUGUACUUGGUCAGCAGUACAAGCAAGCAAAUGUACUUGACACUUGCACUCCUCAUACUUCCGUAUAUGGUAUAAAAUGAAUGUCCUAUAGGUGGUUUUCUUGCUAGAAAAGCUCUAAAAUCACCUUUGACUCCCCACUUCUUGUGGUCUUGGCAACUUACCAAGCCUCAAGCUGUUUGGCUUUACACUUAAUGGCAGUAAAUAUUAUAUGAACAGUCGUGGAGACCUACAGCGCCAGUAAAGCCCUUCACAGAUCGAGCCCCAGUUUACAAAACAGAAAUGUAAAGGCCCAGGUGAAAUAAUAUCUGGAUCUCUUUCAUACUAAGAACUUAAAAAUCAGACACCUAAAGCUUACUUAAUGUUCGUCCCCCAAGAGAAUUUACAGAUGUAUGCCAAAACUGCCUUGCAAAUGAUUCAGAGAGCCCAUGUCCAGGAAAAAAACCUCUUUAAAAAGCCUUCAUUUUUAACUUUUAUUGCAGAACCACUUUUAAGAGCAAUUUGCUUUAAAAAUAAAAUAAAAUAAAAUGUA